AUGGCUUUGGAAAUGGUGGCUGGAGCUUUUCUCUCUGCUUCCCUCCAGGUGCUGUUUGAUAGGCUGGCUCGUCCUGAGGUCGUGGACUUCCUGCUUCGACGAAAGGAAUUCAAUCAUGUGCUGCUAAAGAAGUUGAAGAUACAGUUAAUAUCCGUGAAUGCAUUGCUUAACGAUGCGGAGGAGAAGCAAAUCACAGACCCAACAGUGAAGGAAUGGCUGGAGGAGCUUGAAGAUGCUGCAUAUUAUGCAGACGAUCUGUUGGAUGAGAUUGCAACCGAUGCUUUGCUGGACAAGUUAGAAGCUGAUGAAUCUUCAGGAAGUGGCACAAGGGGCAAGGUAAGCAAGAAUUCAAAGAAAAAUGUUUCUGGUAUAGAGAAGAGGAUGAAGGAGAUCCUUGAAAUGGUUGAGUUUAUUGCAAAUCAGAAGGAUCUCCUUGAGCUCAAAGUCAAAGAGAGUGUGGCAUCACCAAGACAACCAACCACAUCUUUGGUACAUGUUUCUGGGUAUGGUAGAGACGAGGAUAAGGUGAAGGUACUCAAGAUGUUGCGGGAGGAGCAUGAUGAUAGCAGUAACCUACAUGUGAUCGCAAUAGUGGGCAUGGGAGGGAUUGGUAAAACCACCCUUGCUCAGUUAUUGUACAACGAUGACAGAGUUGAGAAGCACUUCGAUCACAAAUCAUGGGUCUACAUUUCUGAAAGAUUUGAUAUUUCUAUGGCUACAAAAAUAGUCCUUACAGCAGUAACUGACGAUUAUCCUGCAUCCCAGUCUUCUUGUUAUGAUAACAAGGACUUGGAUUGGCUUCAAAACAAGUUGAAGAAGGUUCUGACGGGAAAAAAAAUCUUGCUUGUUUUAGACAACAUGUGGAAUGGGAUUUGGGAGCACAUGAGUCCACCUUUCAAACAUGUGGCACGAGGAAGCAGGAUUCUUAUAACAACACGCCAUGAUGACGUUACGAAAAUGAUGGGCACUACUUCAACUCCUUAUCAUCUUGGUUCCUGA